UAUUGUAUUAUUGUGUGAUGAUUGACGAUUGUUUUAUGUUUUCAAACGUUCAAUAGGUAUCAUUAAUUCAAGACUCAACUAUAUUAUAUUAAUUCAACUCCUCACCAAAACGGCAUAACAACAAUUUAAAAAAAAGUUCAAAUUUCUUAUUUAAUAUUCACUUCAAUCAGUAUUCUUUUUUUUGUCGCACCCUCAUGCUUCGGUGUUCCGUACCUUAAUAUCUAAAAACUAUUAAAUAUUUACUUGAAAUGGGUUUCAAACAGUUUCUCACAAAUCAAUGGCGAUUAGUCAAUUCAAAUAAUUUGUUUAUCAACAGAUGUGCAAAUUCUGUUUUGGAAUCUCAUAACAUAGGAUAUGCUCAAAAAUCAGUGGUAAAUAAGUUACAAUUACCUUUGAAACCAAAGAAACCUAGUCCUCCAUUCUUUCAAUAUCUUAAAGAAAGAAGACAAGAAGUAAUUGAAAAACAUAAUUUAAAUUUUAAAGAUGCUGUCCGUUUUCUAAGUGAGUCAUGGAAGGACUUUGAUGGUAAUGCUAAGAAAAAAAUGACUGACAUUUAUAACAAAGAACUUGAACAAUACAAAGACAGUAUAAAAGCUUUUAAUGAGAGCUUGACUGUCGACCAAAAAAAUGAGCUGUUUCGAGUCAAAUAUGAGCAGAUAGAACAAAGAACAAAACGCAAAAUAAAAAAAGAAUUAAAAGAAUUAGGUAAACCUCGUAAACCUCUUACUGCAUAUUUGAAGUUUGUAACUGAAGAAAUAAAAAAUCAUGGAAAUGAGCCAGUUCAAACGUAUAUGGUAACAGUUGCUAGUAAAUGGAAAGAAUUGGAUGAAAAUAGAAAAACAAAAUAUAUUGAAUCAGCUGCUGUAGAUAAUGAAAACUAUAAAAAUGCACUUCUUAAGUGGGAAAAUGAUAUGAUCAAAGCAGGGCGAUUGGAUUUAGUUAGAGCUCGUGCAUUAUCUAAUGAUGAAACAGAUAAUUAAAAAUUAAAUUUUAUAAUUCAUCAAUAUAUUUAUGUGUUAUUAGUAGCUAUUAGUUUACUUUUUUUUUCCUAAUUGUCAAGAAUAUUAAUUUAUUAUUUUCUAAUGUUAAAAAGUGAUGUACUGAUGUUUUUUUUUUACUUUUGAAUUAUAAUAUAAAUAUUAUGAUUAUGUA